UUAAGAGGACUUAAUUCAACUACCCUGGGGAACUAGGUAUAGACUUUUAAAGUACCUAAUCUUAAUUUUUAAUUCCGACGACGACAACAACAACAACCCCCCGUCAAAAUGAGGUUCACCAGCGUCAUCUCCAUCGUCGCCGCCCUCUGCGGCCUCGCGGCAGCUGCCCCCACGUCGAUAACCCGGCCCGAUGGCGUCUGCCCCUACGGCGGCAACUGGGACUACUGCGACUGGGACGGCCUGUACGUCGUCUGCGUCAACGGCAACCCGACCAGGUACACCUGCGACGGCCGCGGCUGCCAGCCCCUCUGCCCUGGCGACCAGCCUUGCACUCCCCGAUGCAACAACGGCCGUCUGGCCUAGAGCCCAUUAAUCAUGCGGGUGAAGGCGUAGGAGUAGGGGAAGAAGGAAGAGGAGGGUGAGG